AUGCCUUCUCAAGGAAAUCCAACUUUUAUUCUCUUUUUAUCUAUCGUGUUCUUGUUGUGGAGAAUCUGUUAUGGGGGGAAGAUUUUAAUCGUUCCUUUAGAGGGAAGCCACUGGGUGAACAUGGACAUCAUGAUCAAAGCGCUCCACUCUCGAGGACACUCUGUCGAUGUGGUCCGAACCAAUCAAAGCUGGUACAUCCAGGACGGCUUUCCACACUACAAGACGAUCACAGUUCCUGUCACUGAGGCCUUUAAUCAUGACUUCAUUAACCCAAUCCUGAAAAAGAUCAUUGUUAUUGAAAGAGGAGAGAGCUCAUUUCUGAGUUUUGCUAGUUUGCAGGCUGAGAUGUUUACUGCUAUGUUUAACAUGCACAGAAUAAUGUGCAAAAUGGCUACUAACAUGCUUGGAGAUAGAGACAUGAUGAAUAGUUUGAAGGAGAAAAAAUAUGACCUUGUUCUUACUGACCCGGCAUGGGGUGCAGGUAUAUUGUUGGCUCAUGCUCUUAAGAUACCUCUGGUCUAUAAUGUACGGUGGAUAACUAGUGGAGAGGGACAUAUGGCCAUUGCACCUUCUCCUUUGUCUUAUAUCCCAGUGACCGGCUCAGGACUGUCAGACAAAAUGACCUUCAUACAAAGAAUCAAAAAUCAAAUUUUCUCUCUCAUUUGGCAAGCUCAGGAUAGAUUUUUAAUCCACCCUCAGUAUCAAUCUGUUUGUGAUAAGUUCUUUGGCCCAGAGGUCAGAUAUAGUGACUUAUUACAGGGAGCAGACCUGUGGCUGAUGAGAGUGGACUUUGUGUUUGAGUUCCCUCGUCCCACCAUGCCUAAUGUUGUCUAUAUCGGAGGGUUCCAAUGUAAACCUGCAAAACCUCUUCCCGAACACCUGGAGGAGUUUGUGCAGACUUCUGGAGAACAUGGAUUCAUCAUGAUGUCUCUGGGGACUUUUGUGAGUGAAUUUCCUGCUGACCUAACAAACUACAUCGCUGCAGCUUUCGCUAAAUUACCUCAGAAAGUCAUCUGGAGGCAUAAAGGUGAAAGACCGACCACUCUGGGCAACAACACUUUGAUAGUAGACUGGAUGCCACAGAAUGAUCUUUUAGGACAUCCCAAGAUGAAACUUUUUGUGGCUCAUGGAGGAACAAACGGCGCUCAAGAAGCUAUUUACCACGGAGUCCCAGUUGUGGGUCUGCCCUUGUUUUUUGACCAAUAUGACAACCUGCUGCGUCUGCAAGAGAGAGGAGGGGCUAAGAUCAUUACAUUAGCCUCAGUGGACAAAAACAACAACUUCCUGAAAAUCAUUCAGGAAGUCCUGAAUGAGCCCUCCUACAGGAUGAACAUGCAGAGACUCUCCAGGCUGCACAGAGAUCAGCCAAUAACCCCGUUGGAGAACGCCCUCUUCUGGUUAGAGUUUGUUAUGAGACAAAAAGGUGCAGCUCACUUGAAAGCAGCAUCCUACAAAAUGCCCUGGUAUUCCUAUCACUCUGUAGAUGUGGUUUUGUUCCUGGCUGGAGCUGUGCUGCUCGUGCUUUUCAUUAUUUUCGUUUUCAUGAGGUGUUUAUUCACUACAUUCUGUAAACGUAAAGUGAAACAUGACUAAUCAUUUCAGCACUAUAAAUU